CAGCGGGUCGGGUGCUUUGGCUGUAGUCUGGUCCGCUGGGGUUGCCAGAGACAUCUCCAGGCUGCUCCACGAGAACCGGCUUGACGCUCGAUCCCUUUUACAGAGAGCAGUCUUUUCCCCCCUUGUUUUUUCGGGGUGCGCUUCGCCCAGCGCCGCGGGCGCCCGCUGCCCUGAGCGCUGCCGUGCCGGGAGGCGCGGGGGGCCGGGGCCGCGAUGCGCAGAGAUGGGGCCUGUGGCUGCUCCCGCAUGGGCUCGUAGUGCCCGCUCGGCGCUGAGUGCCCGGGUGCCGGGGAGGUGCGAGUAGGAGAAAGGCGCCAGUAGCGCUGGAUUUUAUCCCGGUGUAGAGGUGCAGGCAGACAGGGGUUCAGCUGAGCAGUGCAGUUGCAGCGGUAGCGGUGAAAUCCUGCUCCUCCUGUGAGCUCGAGCCAGGAAAAUGGAGGCUGUGAUAGAGAAGGAAUGUAGUGCGCUCGGAGGGCUCUUCCAGACCAUAAUAAGCGACAUGAAGGGAAGUUAUCCAGUGUGGGAAGAUUUUAUAAACAAAGCUGGGAAACUGCAGUCUCAGCUUCGGACGACAGUAGUAGCAGCUGCUGCCUUUUUGGAUGCCUUUCAGAAAGUGGCUGACAUGGCUACUAAUACACGUGGUGGUACCAGAGAGAUUGGGUCUGCUCUCACCAGGAUGUGUAUGAGGCACAGAAGUAUAGAGUCCAAACUCCGGCAGUUCUCAAGUGCUUUAAUUGACUGUCUGAUAAACCCACUUCAAGAACAGAUGGAAGAGUGGAAGAAAGUGGCCAAUCAGCUGGAUAAAGACCAUGCAAAAGAAUACAAAAAAGCCCGCCAAGAGAUAAAAAAGAAAUCAUCUGAUACACUGAAGCUACAGAAGAAAGCAAAGAAAGCUGAGGCUCUGGGACGGGGUGACAUUCAGCCCCAGCUGGAUAGUGCUUUACAAGAUGUCAAUGAUAAGUACCUGCUGCUUGAAGAAACCGAGAAGCAAGCUGUCAGAAAGGCUCUGAUCGAGGAGCGUGGUCGAUUCUGUGCUUUCAUCUCGAUGCUGCGCCCUGUGAUCGAAGAAGAAAUAUCAAUGCUAGGAGAAAUAACCCAUUUACAAACCAUAUCAGAUGACCUGAAAAGUCUCACCAUGGAUCCACACAAAUUGCCAUCCUCGAGUGAACAGGUAAUUUUAGAUUUGAAAGGUUCUGAUUACAGCUGGUCUUACCAGACUCCUCCAUCCUCUCCCAGUACUACCAUGUCCAGAAAAUCUAGUGUUUGCAGCAGUCUGAACAGCGUUAACAGUAGUGAUUCCCGGUCCAGUGGCUCGCACUCGCACUCACCUAGUUCACACUAUCGCUAUCGCAGCUCCAAUCUGCCUCAGCAGGCACCCAUGAGGCUGUCCAGUGUGUCCUCCCAUGAUUCUGGAUUCAUGUCCCAGGAUGCUUUCCAGUCCAAAUCGCCAUCCCCCAUGCCACCAGAAGCACCUAACCAGAAUUCGUCCAGCUCUGCCUCUUCAGAAGCCUCUGAAACCUGCCAGUCAGUGAGCGAGUGCAGUUCCCCCACCUCAGUCAGCUCAGGCUCCACCAUGGGGGCUUGGGCCUCCACAGAUAAGUUGUCUAAUGGGUUUUAUCACUGUAGUUUAUCAAGUGACCCAUCCGUAGCUUCAGUUGGUGCAGGUCCUUUCCCUCAUUUCCCGCCUGUCUCCCGCACGUGGACUCGGGCUCCCUCAGCCCUCCUUCCAGACUACGUUCAUUAUUACACCAUUGGGCCAGGCAUGUUACCAUCAUCUAAGAUCCCUAGCUGGAAGGACUGGGCCAAGCCAGGCCCGUAUGAUCAGCCCAUGGUGAACACAUUGCAACGGCGCAAAGAAAAGCGUGAGGCAGAUGUCAAUGGAGCAGCUCCGAGCGGAGCCCCUGCGCCCCCCGAGGAGGCCCAGAGACCUCGGAGCAUGACGGUGACAGCUGCCACAAGGCAGGGUGAGGAGAUGGAGGCCUGCGAGGAGCUGGCACUCGCUCUGUCCAGAGGGCUGCAGUUGGACACCCAGAGGAGCAGCCGGGAUUCCUUGCAGUGCUCCAGUGGCUACAGCACCCAGACAACAACUCCGUGCUGUUCAGAGGACACAAUCCCAUCUCAAGUUUCAGAUUAUGAUUAUUUCUCUGUGAGUGGUGACCAGGAGGCAGAACAACAGGAGUUUGACAAAUCUUCCACCAUCCCAAGAAACAGUGACAUUAGCCAGUCCUAUCGCAGAAUGUUUCAAACCAAGCGUCCUGCUUCCACCGCAGGUCUGCCCACCACGCUGGGACCGGUCAUCGUCACGCCCGGCGUCGCCACCAUCCGGCGCACCCCUUCCACCAAGCCCUCGGUGCGGCGCGGCACCAUCGGCGGAGGCCCCAUUCCCAUCAAGACUCCGGUGAUUCCUGUCAAAACGCCGACCGUCCCCGACAUCCCGGGGGGGCUGCCCGGUGCCCUCGCCGGGACAGAAGAGGGCCCCGAGCAAAGUCUGGAGUCUCCAGCAGCAGGAGAUGGCGGGCAAGCUGUCACCAGCGUGCCCUCGUGGAGCGGGCAAGCGGCUGUCAACCCUCCGGCGUCGGGCCAGAAACUGGGUGCUGCCGAGGAGCAGAGGCAGGCGGUCCCCGAGGCCGAGGGGGACGAGGGCGAUGGCGUGGGCAGCCUGGCGCCCGCGGGGCAGGCGGAGCUGGAGCCCGGCGAGCUGAGCCCCGGCGACGCCCCGCAGGGGGAGGAUAUGCUCAACGCCAUUCGGCGCGGCGUCAAGCUGAAGAAGACGACCACGAACGAUCGCUCAGCGCCUCGCAUUUCCUAGGAGCGGAGAAGCUGCCAGACUACUGAACGCCGAGGAGGAACUGUGAGAAAACUAAUUUGUCUCUAUCCAUUCCAGUCUGUAAUCAAUGAUUUUUUUAAGAUACUCGGUAACAGACGGUCUGAAAGUACUCUAAAAGAGAAAACAAAUGAAAGAGCGUAGUAAGACAUAAUCUUCAGUGGUGUUUUAAUUUGUAAAUAUCAACGAUUUUGUUUCUGCAUUUUUUUGAUCUAAGUUACACUUUUAAUUUUUUCUGAAGGUGCCAAAUCCCAUUUACCUUUUUUAUAACUCUCUUUGUAAAGUUUUAAAUCAUAGAAGAAAAAAAAUUGUCGAGUAGUUAACUUCAGCAAAGGGAUUUAAUGAAAAUUUGGCUUUUUUGCAAGCUUUUGUAGAGCGCCUUGUAAUAGUGAGGUUAAAAAAUAGAACAAUGGGACUUACUACAGUUUUAAGUCCAGCUAUAUGGAACGGAUCCGCAUUUAAGUAUUUAAAAAAGUUUGAAAAGCGGGAAUAAAAAAUUGACAAUAAAGCAAUAUAUAAUGCAAGGAAGAAACCUGCAGUUGGUAGAGUUAUUGGGGGGUAGUGGGGGGGAGAUGCCAUCAAAAUAGCAGAUGCUGUUGCACAAAAGUAGCCUAGUAGGAUGUAUUACUAGUAGCUUCAUGGUAAAUGCAUCAGAAUAAGCCAUACUGGAUUGCAGUGUUUUGUUUCUGUAGGGUGUUUUAAAAACUGAGUUUUUCCACAUUUCUUUUUUGACUGCACAGCAGCAACUCUCAGUCACAUGCAUGCAGCCUUAACUGUGUAGGCGUGGUUAUUCCACCUUCACGUUUUGUUCCACUCAUCCUUCCGCUGAUUACAAACAAGGACAACAGGCUUAAGGCAGUUAUAAAUGUGAAAACAUUUUUAAAAUGCAAGCAGGGAGUUCUUAGAUGUUAUCAAAAUGCCUUUUUCUGACUGUGCCCAGCAGGCUGGGUACCCUAGAAAGCCCAACUAUUUUGAGAAAACACUUAAAAAUUUGACAGGUAGAACCAGCUUGUGAUCUAAUAAACUGCGAAUGUUUCUUUCCAAUACAGGGGCUUGUUUUUCUUAACUUCUUUUAAAUGGCAGUUGAUUGGCUUUUCUUAAAUACUGAAAA